ACUGCGACGAGACUCGGACGCGGCGGACGCGAAAAGACCAGCAGAAAAGUGAGCAAUACAAGUGGCACUGCAAUAAAUUCCAGAGCAAAAUGGAGAAAUCUUUCUACUAUCCCAGCAUGACCGAUUUUCCAUCUCUCUCGAUAUCGCGCGACGCCGGAAACACAAACCGGAAUCCGUUUCGCCAGCCCCCGCCAUCGUGUCCUUCCGACGGCAGCGUAAAGCUUGAACCAACGCGACACAGCCAGCUAUGUUCCGGGCAUCCCGUGCCGGUGCUUUCUCCGGUUUACCCGACUUUGCCAGCGCCGAUGAUGCAAGCCAACAAUCGCCAGGCCUACUGCUAUACGAACGCGCUGGACAGCUCAGCCUCCCGGCAACCGAUAUGUUCAAGCCUUUUUCAGCCAUUACGGUUUCCUGUUAAUAUACCGCCUCCACUAUUCGAGCAUCACACCUACAACUAUUCCGUUAUGCAAUCGUCCGUGUUUUACAAAGCACCAAAUGUUCUUAACUGCAGCGUUCCUCCGCAACCAAAAUGUACUCUCGAUGGCAAUGCGCCACAUGUAAAUCAGGGUGAAUCUACGGUCGCGUUCGAUAUUCCAAAAAGCGUCGGAAGUUGCAGCAGCACCUCGCCGUCCUUGCCUACUGAGCUCGAUGACCAAAUUGAAGGGGAUACACCGUACACCGAUCAAUUUGACGAGUUGAUCGAGAUUGCUUUGCAAGGAUGCAAGCUGGCAGAAUCGUUAGCAACCAAUUACCAGAAACGUCCCUGUUUCAAGAAAAUCGACAGUCUCUGUGCUCGUCUGAAACAGGAUUUAUUGAAACCGGAUAAUGUAGUGUCCAACAUCAACUCGCAGGGGCUUGCAUGGGCAGUGAAGGAUUUCAUCUUUGUGUUUACCAGAAUUUUAAACGCCUGGAUCAUAAUCAAAGGCUAUGCGCGUAGUGAGCCGCGUGGAUUGGCGUACGUUCAGCAGGAACUUUGCCCCAACUUUCUAAAGGAAUUCGGACAGUGGCACAAGUCAACCCUACAGCUAACCCGAUCGUUGGUCACAUCGUUCACCAAUUUGGAUAAGCUGGCCAAAUCACACCGUGGAAAUGCGACUGGUUUUUCAAUGACUCUUUCCCCAGGGGGCUAUCGGUAUGAAAGCGCCACUGUUGAUGCCGACCCAGAGAGCGAAGGUGCUGUUAGCUUUCCCAAUAACGAUGGCGAGUACAUACGCACUGGUGUGUACAAAACAUUGCGCAAACCUCCUGGAUUUGAAGAUGUUACAAAGCUUAAGCAGAAGAGCAAGGUUCACGAUCAAAACGAUACCGAUGAGCACCGUUCCCAACGAUUACCAGUGACGCCCCUAAGCAACAAAGAACUAUCAUCACCACCAGCACCGCUUACUCCUGUGACGCCUUUGCCGGAUGCGCCACCACCAUCUCCAGCUGAUCAG